AUGCUCGUAGUUCUGCCGUUGACGAUUUUAAAGGAGGGGCUACAUGCGCGAAUCCUUCUUCCUCUUUUCCCUUCCCACAUGCGCGCAAUGUUCCUUUCCCGUCCCUCGUUUCGCACAUCUCCGCCCGCCCCUCCGCGCGCCCCCUCCGCCCGCCCCCUCCCCAGGAUCCAGAGCUGCACAAGUGCAAGCUCGGAAGCCAGUUACUCUCCCUCUCUCCUCUCCCCCCCUCCGCGCUUCCCCUACGUGCGCCCCCUCCCCACGUCCCCUCCCCAGGCUCGAGAGCAGCACAAGUGCAAGCUCGGAAGCCAGUUACUCUCCCUCUCUCCUCUCCCCCCCUCCGCGCUUCCCCUACGUGCGCCCCCUCCCCACGUCCCCUCCCCAGGCUUGAGAGCAGCACAAGCGGAAGCUCGGAAGCCAGCUCCAGAGCAGCACAAGCGGAAGCUCGGAAGCCCGCAAGACACUUCCCCGCGGAAGAAGGCAUCGCGCAGCACAGACGCGCGCGGAGCAGCAGCAGCAGCGGACGCAGCGCAUAACGAGGCAGCGCAGGCAGCGCAUAACGAGGCAGUCAAUGAGGAGGACAGGCUGCUGGCGCAGGGCCUGGGCGAAUCGCCGCCAGUGAAAGCAGAGGACGGUGUUGGAGGGAGCGGGGGGGAAGGGGGCGGGUGGGGGGAUGGGGGCGCAUGGGGGGAUGGGGGCGAACCACAACAGGAGGGGGGGCAGCAGGAGGUGCAGCAGCAGGGCGUGCAGCAGGGGGUGCAGCCGGGGGUGCAGGCACAUAAAUCAAAGCAGAAAUCAAGAGUACGUGGAGCGCUUCACAAUAAAGGGGUUAAAGCCCCUUUCCUGUUUGAAUCAAAAUCAUCGCUAGCAGCACGAGGGUCGUUUGAAUCACCCGGCUCAUCCGUGUCGCCCACAUCAGUGCUCACAGCCAUGGCAUCACCACCAGUAGCCAUGCGGCCGUCGUCCCCUUUGUUGUCAUCUGUGGUACCGUGGAGUGUGCCGGUGGAGCAGGAGGCACGGCUGGCGCAUAGCACUGUGCUCAUCGAGAAGAUCAAAGAGGCGCUGCGAUUGCAAAAGUUACACGACUCCAGCCACAUGCUGCAGCAGCUGAAGCGCAAUCUAGUAUUGUCAGUGGAAAGUUUGCCAUCCUUUCCAGGAAUAAGCACAAAAAUGCCGCCUCUUCCUCUACGACCAAACCUUCAGCUUGCAACUCAGGCCGACUCAAAGCGCGCUGAUGCUUUCCCCGCUCGGCGCGCAGCGGCGUGGGAGAGCACCAACAUCCCAUCACAGCCGCGCGAAUUCUUCAACAAGUACGAGCGCCGUUACAGUCCCUCCGUGCGCGAGCACCUGCGCGUACUGAGCCACCAUGCGGACAGCCGCGCAGCCGCUGACGCGCUGGCGGGGAGAACUUCCCGUCCCUCCGCGGACGCUGCAGACACUCCGGGCGCUGCGGACGCGGGGGGAAACGGGGGAAGCGGAAAGCGGCGAGCCAUGCGGGAGUGGCACCCGCACUUCCUCUCCCCCCUGCCACUCCACGCCGUCCGCCUGUCGCCGGCCACACGUCAGUUUGCCGCCCAGAGCGCCAACCUCGAGUACCUCCUGACGCUCGAUGCCGACCGCCUGCUGUGGUCGUUCCGGCGGACGGCAGGGGAGGAGGAACCAAUAGGGAAGCCGUAUGGGGGAUGGGAGAACCCCAACAGUGAACUGAGGGGGCACUUCGUGGGCCACUACCUGAGUGCAUCGGCCCUGGCGUGGGCAUCCACAGGCAACGCAACCCUUAAAGCCCGCAUGGAGUAUCUGGUGGGCGAGCUGGACACGUGUCAGCAGCGCAUUGGCUCGGGGUACCUCUCUGCGUUCCCUGAGGAGUUCUUCGACCGAGUAGAGGCCAUCAAGCCCGUGUGGGCUCCGUACUACACCGUGCAUAAGAUCAUGGCUGGUCUGCUGGACCAGUACCAGCUGGGCGGCAGCCGGGCGGCGCUGCGCAUGCUGACGUGGAUGGCGGAGUACUUCCGGGGGCGCGUGCAGCGAGUGAUCGAGCGCCACACGGUGGCGCGCCAUUGGCUGUCGCUCAACGAGGAGUUUGGCGGCAUGAACGACCUGCUGUACCGCCUCUAUGCCAUCACUCGCGACCCCAAGCACCUAGAGCUGGCGCACCUAUUCGACAAGCCGUGUUUCCUGGGUCCACUAGCGGUGGGAGCGGACGACCUGCCAGGGCUGCACGCCAACACACACAUCCCCAUCGCCAUCGGCGCUCAGAUGCGCUACGAGGCCACUGGAGACAGCUUAUACCGACACCUCUCACACCAUUUCCUCUCCCUCGUCAACACCUCCCACUCCUUCACCUCUGGAGGCACCUCGGCCUUCGAGUUCUGGCAAGAGCCGCAUCGGAGUGGGCACAUAUUGGCACAGGAGGACCAGGAAUCAUGCACCACAUAUAAUAUGCUGAAGAUGGCCCGCAAUUCUUUCCGCUGGACGCGUUCAGUGCGCUUCAUAGAUUAUUACGAGCGAGCCAUGAUGAAUGGGGUGAUGGGCAUUCAGCGCGGCACACAGCCCGGAGUGAUGAUAUACAUGCUACCACACGGGCCAGGUAACAGCAAGGCUCGCGGUUACCAUGGCUGGGGCACACCUUUCGACUCCUUCUGGUGCUGCUACGGCACGGGCAUCGAGUCCUUUGCAAAACUUGGAGACUCGAUUUACUUUGAGUCACCAGUCAAGAGCGGCCGGCAGAAUAGCACCGACGGGCGGCGCUUCUUGUCUGCUUCUGACACUUCAACAUCCUCCUCCUUGCCUCGCCUGUACGUGGCCCAGUUCGUCUCCAGCGUGCUGACGUGGCAGUCCGCACAGCUGGCGCUCCAGAUGACUGCCACGUGGCCCUCCUCCAUUCGGCCAAUUCUGGAGGUCCAGCUGGCAGUGAUUCCUUGGAAUGGGGGGAACGAGGAGGGUGGUCAAACUGCAACAAGGAGAGCAGAGGGAGCAGAAGCAGAAGAGGCGGCAUCAGGGGGAGGGGAGGGAGAGAAUGGACAGGCAGAGGGGGAAGGGGUAGAGGAAGCAGAAGGAGUGGCGGCAGCAGCAGGCAGUGUGGUAGCAAUCGGUGCAGCGGAAGGCAGUGCGGUAGCAGACGGUGCAGCAGCAGAGGUGUAUCUCCGCAUCCCCUCCUGGGCUGCUGCUGUUACCUCUGCUUCUGGUUCCGCCCCACACUGCACUGCCAGUCUCAAUGGCGCCAGGCUGCCAUGCCCCAAGCCAGGAAAGUUUCUGCGAGUGCGGAGGGAGUGGAGGGAGGGUGACGUCAUCUCUCUCAACAUCUCCUUCACGCUGCGUGCGGAGCGCAUUCAAGACGACCGUCCCCAGUACGCCUCACUCCACUCCAUUCUCUUCGGUCCGCAUCUCCUAGUCGGCUUAACGGACGGCGAUCGCGAACUCAUCCCGGGCUUCGACCCGUCACACCCUGCCACGUGGAUCCGGCCUGUGGACCCUGAGGUGCUCAACCAGCAGCUGAUCUCCCUGUCUCUCUUCACUCCGCCACGUCAGCUGCCACGUCAGCAGGAGCGGGAUGUCGACGAUAAUGGCGGUGGCAGUGAUGAGAGCGCUGAUCAGUACGUUGUCUGGCGUCGAAGUGAUGAGAAACAGCCAAUGGCAGGUGGUACACGUGGCAGUCCGUUAUUGGCUGGGCUGACACGUGGCACGCCAGGAGAGGACACUGAGGAGGCCAUGUCAGCAACGUUGAGAUUGAGAGGGCCGGUGGAAAAGAAGGGAAGGGACAUUGGUUUGAUUGGGAAGGGAAGAGGGGAGGAGGAAGAGGCAGGCAAUGGAGAGCAGGGAGAGCGGUGGGAGCAAGGAGAGAAGGAGGAUGAGGAGUGGCGGUGGGACAGCGGCGGUGUGGCUGCUCUGAUUGGCCGGGAGAUCUCUCUCGAGCCGCUGGAGAUUCCUGGAAGCUUCCUGGCCGUGGACUGGUGCAGUGGGGGCAGUGCGGGGCGCACAGAGGGGGAGGGGGAGGUGGGUGAGGGAGCAGCAGCAGCAGCGUCAGGGUCAGGUGGAGAGACGCGGAGGGUGGUGUGGCAGACGAGGAGUGAGAUGGACGCGUGCCGGACUGACAUGCUGCAGGGAGGCAAGGCUGAGACGACUGGAGUGAUCGAUGCAUGCCAGGCUGGGCGGGCUUCUGUCUUCCGACUCGUUGCCAUGGAGGAGGAGGGCAGCAGUGAAGGGUUGCAGCUGGAAGGGCCGAGACUGGAAGGGGUGAGGCUGGAAAUGGCAGAUUGCCCCGAGUGGGUCGUUUCUAUGGACACUAGCAGCAGCCUUGGCAGUGGCAGCACGGCAGCCAGUCUGGUGGUUCAACUCGCAGGAAAACCAUCCAUUUCCUUGGCCCCUCCUCUCCCGCGUUCGUCUCCCGCGGUGCUCUUCUCGAUCCAUGAGGGCCUGGCCACAGGCAGUGCCAUGAGCUUCAUUGCGAGGGGAGCCUCUCGGGAUUUCCUGCUGCAGCCCAUCUCAGAGCUCAGAGACGAGCGCUACACCUCCUACUUCAAUGCCACUUCUCCUUCAUUGCAAGGGGAGCCUCACGGGACUUCCUGCUGCAGCCCAUCUCAGUUGAGAGACGAGCGCUACACCUCCUACUUCAAUGUCACUGCCGCUCCUCCACCCACUCCGCCCUCUCCCCCUCCCUCCCCUCCCUCUCCUGCUCCGGCCCCCUCGUACUGA